ACCGGCCACAUUUUGUGUACCAGGGACUCACUGAGCAUGUAGCCUGAGCAUCAUCGAUGGCGUCUCCGACUGCUUUAUUAGCCACAUGCGUUCUAUUUCUCAUCGUCCCCACCCUUUUUCCGGUCAGUGUGGGAGCCGUAGGGGUGAACUGGGGCAGGGCGGCGUCUCACCCUUUACCGGCGGACAAGGUCGUCCAGAUUCUCAAGGCCAAUGGCAUCGCCAAGGUAAAGCUCUCGGAACCCUACCCCGAAGCACUCGAGUCCCUCUCCGGUGCCAAAAUUGACGUCACUGUGAGCAUUCCCGAUUCCAUGCUUCGCGGCUUGAAUUCCUCCUUGAAGGCCGCUCAGAGCUGGGUCCAUGAUAACAUCACCCGCUACUUCUCCGAGGCCUCCUCCAAAGUCCGAAUAGAGUAUAUUUCGAUUGGAGAUGAACCCUUCCUUGAGACUUAUGGCACACAGUUCCAUCCUUUUCUUAUUGGGGCAGCCACAAACAUUCAUACUGCAUUGGUGAAAGCUAACUUGGAAAAAGAGAUCAAAGUCGUAAUUCCAUGCAGCUUUGAUGCUUUCCUCUCAGAAACUGGCAUGCCGUCAAGAGGACAUUUCAGGGCAGAUAUAAACAAAACCAUGAUUCAAGUUCUCAAAUUUCUUAGCCAGCGCCAAUCUCCUCUCUUUGUGACUAUUUCUCCUUUUCAAAGUUAUCGUCAAAAUAAGAACAUCUCCCUUGACUUUGCUCUCUUCAAGGAAACUGCACGCCCUCAUAAUUACAGUCGCAAGACCUACAAAAAUAGCUUUGAUUUGAGCUGUGACACUCUUGUCUCAGCUUUGUCCUCUGCUGGAUUUCCCCAAAUGGAUAUAGUCGUCGGGCAAAUUGGAUGGCCAACAGAUGGAGCUGCUAAUGCCACGUCCUCCAAUGCCGAGGUAUUCCUGAAAGGCCUUAUGGAACGCCUUCACAGCAAGUCUGGAACUUCGUCAAAAGCCACUAAACUGCCACUCGAGACUUAUAUUUUAAGCCUUUUGGACGAAGACAAGAGAAGCGUAGCUAGUGGAAGUUUCGAGAGACACUGGGGCGUGUUUACUUUUGAUGGCCAAGCAAAGUACCAUGUCGAUUUCGGGCAGGGCUCAAGAAAAAUGGUGGAUGCCCAAAAUGUCCAGUACCUUUCUUCUAAAUGGUGUGUAGUAAACAACAACAAAGAUUUGUCCAAUGCAACUGCCCAAGCAAUAGACGCAUGUUCCUCUGCUGAUUGCAGCGCACUGUCACCUGGAGGAUCCUGUUUUAACAUUAGCUGGCCCGGGAAUAUUUCCUACGCAUUUAACAACUAUUAUCAACAGAACAAUCAGAAUGCAGAUAGCUGCAACUUUGGAGGCUUGGGCUUGAUAACUACCGUCGACCCCUCUGUGGAGCCCUGCAGGUUUUUGGUUCAACUGAAGACUUCUGUUUCAGUCUCACUUCUCCCAUCUGCUCUUUUCCACUUGUUGGCAUCUCCUGUUGUAUCCAUUUUGCUAUGGCUACUAAAUGGAAUUUGAUCUAGUGUAAUAUCUGUCAUCUAUUGCAGCAUUAUUGAAUACCUGUCUGGUGUGUUUGAAUGUUGUGGGAGGAAACUGGGAUGAGCAAAGUUAACAUUUUUGAUACUUUGAUUAAUGAAUUUAGGCAAUCUUCAAUUUUUUUUAGAAA